AAAUGGAGCGUGCGAAGCUUGAAAUGGAACUAGAAGAGGAGAGAAAAUCGCGUAAUCAAUGGAUGAAAGAGGAACAGAUGAAAAUUGAAAAUUCAAAUACUACAUCGUUCUCGAUCUCAAACUGUGGGACGGAUGACAACCAGGCUCCUAAAUAUUCGAGGAGACAAGGAUUUAUGGAAGAGUACAGUGACUUUAACAGUGCGUCUCAAGGAGAUAUAUUUAAAUCCCCCUGUUUAAAGACAGCAAGUGCUUUUGUUGUCAAGCGAUCAAAGAAUUCAUCAUUGCUAGAUAGUAGUCCGCCAGAUAGUAGUCCUCUUCCAAACGCUUUCAGCAAUGUGGCCGAUGAAGAUAUGUGGUUGAAAAUGAACAAUGGUUAUGUUGCGGACCUUGAUUCUCUUCAAUUGACUCCUCCUCGAAAUUAUCAAUCAUUCCCACCAAGCGAUACAACUCCUUAAUGUUCUUCACAAGUAUGCCAAUGAGGACGUGUCAAUAGGAGCUUGGUUUAUUGGACUUGAUGUGGAGCAUAUCGAUGAUCGUAGACUUUGCUGUGGCACUCCUCCAGAUUGUGAAUGGAAGGCGCAAGCAGGCAACAUUUGUGUUGCUUCAUUCGAUUGGAGCUGCAGUGGUAUAUGUAGGUCGAUUCCUCUCUGGUUUUUUGUGAGGGGGAUUUUCUUGUGUAUUGACGUCGUUAUGGAUUUUGAAACUGAAACUGAUGUUGGUGUUGUGGAGAAAGAUCCAACUUUGCGUUACGUACGGUAUGAUGAAAUGUUAGGGAAUUGAGCUUUUAAGACUGUGUAUAAGGCUUUUGAUGAAGUAGAUGGAAUAGAAGUUCCUUGGAACCGAAUUUGUAUAGAGGAUGUUAUGCAAUUACCCGAAAAUUUGGAGAAGUUGUAUUCUGAGGUUCAUCUCCUUAAGUCACUGAAACAGGAAAAUAUUAUCAAGUUGUAUAGCUCUUGGGUGGACGAAAAGACAAGGACUAUUAACAUGAUUACUGAGUUGUUUACUUCUGGGAGUUUGCGACAGUAUAGGAAAAAACAUAAGAAUGUGGAUAUGAAAGCUAUCAAGAACUGGGCGAGGCAGAUUCUUCGUGGCUUGUGCUUUCUGCACAGUCAUAAUCCUCCUGUUAUUCACAGGGAUCUUAAAUGCGAUAACAUUUUUGUUAACGGGAACAAUAGGCAAGUUAAGAUUGGAGAUCUCGGAUUGGCAAUUAUCAUGCAGCAGCCUACUGCCCGGAGUGUUAUUGGUACUCCAGAAUUCAUGGCUCCUGAGCUUUAUGAGGAAGAAUAUAAUGAACUUGUUGACAUAUAUUCCUUUGGCAUGUGUAUCUUGGAAAUGAUCACCUGUGAGUACCCGUAUAGUGAAUGCAAAAAUCCGGCGCAGAUAUAUAAGAAAGUUACCUCUGGUGUAAAGCCUGCUGCUCUUGCUAAAGUGAAUGAUCCUGAAGUGAAGCAAUUUAUAGAAAAGUGUUUAGUUCCAGCAUCUAUGAGAUUGCCUGCAUCUGAAUUGCUGAAAGACCCAUCAUCAACAUCAACAGCUAUUGGUUAAUACAUUGUCCUCUUUGAGUAAACCCUUAUAAUUACAAUUCUUCUGCUUUUACUCAAGAGAGGAAGCUUUGUAAUCCAGGGACAACUACUUCCUUUCUUAGGGACCAUGGUCUUCUUCAAGAUGUUGUUCCUUCACAUAUGUUAAAGGAAGAGUAAAUAUAUGAUUUGAUAAAUAGCUUCAUUAUUA